ACGUCAUUUUGAAGCUAUUUUCAGAUUGUGGUUAUCGGCCCAAAACCUUCAAUAAAACAUCGCAAUAAUUUCAACUGAGUUCUUUAAAAGCACAUUACAAAGCUAAAGAUUUUCCCUGUUGAAUCUUGGCAACUUGUAACCUAGGUGGUGCUGAACUUGUAUUAGUGUGUCAACAUGAGUAAGAGAAGAAUCUUUUCAGCGAUCCAGCCGACUGGUAUCCCGCAUCUGGGCAACUACUUUGGGGCCCUCCAAAACUGGGUCCAACUGCAGAAUGACCCUGACAACAAGUUGAUAUUCAGCAUCGUCGACCUGCACUCCAUUACCCUACCACAAGAGCCUGAUGUACUCAGGCAGAGCAUCCGAGAUUGUGUGGCUGUGCUUUUGGCAUGCGGUAUUGAUCCGGAGAGAAGCAUUCUAUUCCAACAAUCUAGCGUACAUCAGCAUGCAGAGCUAGCAUGGGUCUUAGGCUGUAAAACCACACUUGCCCGACUUGGACAAUUUCCCCAGUGGAAGUCGAAAUCUGGUGGUGACAAGAAGAAAGAGUGUGUUGGACUCUACACCUAUCCGGUUCUCCAAAGUGCUGAUAUUCUCCUGUACAAAACGACUCACGUUCCGGUCGGGGAAGACCAGUACCCCCAUCUGGAGCUAGCCCAAGAUCUGGCGAGGAUAUUCAACAACAACUUUGGUUCUUUCUUCUCCAUCCCUGAAGCCAUCGCUGGGGAAAUUAGCAAGGUGAAGAGUUUACGAAAUCCCAGCGUGAAAAUGAGCAAGUCUGAACCAGACCGGAGGGGCCGCAUUGAACUUACCGACUCUUACGAAGAAAUUCAAGAGAAGUUCAGGAAAGCUGUGACGGAUUUUACGGGCGCUGUGACCUUUGACCCCGACAACCGACCGGGGGUGUCCAAUCUUGUCGCGAUUCAUGCCGCCGUACAGGAGUCAUCCCUAGAGGAAAUAUGUGAACAGAAUAUGGGAGUAGAGACAGGAGAGUACAAACUGAUCUUAGCCGAGGCUGUGAAUGCAAAGCUUGCACCGAUACGAGAGAAAAUAUUUGAGUUGAGGAGAAAUCCAGAGUACAUAGACAGCAUCUUGAGGAAGGGAGCUGAGAGGGCUAGUGAGGUGGCUGACAAGACUUUCAGUGAAGUCAAGAAACGUGUGGGGUUUGUGUGACCUUAGAAGGUCAAAGGUCACUCUGAGCUAAUAAGCCUUUUGCGACUUAAAUUUAAACAAAAUCUGGUACAUGUGAACAUAACAAUUUGAAUUCUUCAGACACUGUUGCUAUACCACAUAAUUUGGGGCAAGCUUUUACGUAGCGAUCACCAUGUCUAGGAUGGACUGGUUCCUUUGUGCCCUUCCUAUCCAUUGAGAACUGUGUACUGAUGCAAGGCGUCUCUUAUGUAACUAAGUAAAAGCUUGCCCCGAAUUAUGAGGUAAUAACAAUUGCAGACCAGUUGUUUUGUUCGUGUACCAGAUUGUAUUCAAAUGCAAGUCGCAAUAUACUUAUUAGGGAAAAGAUAGCCAUCGCUUUACAUGAACAAUAUUUUGUCUUAAUUUUCAGGAAAGUUAUAGAGACCAAGUAUUCCAGCCAUAAAUAGUGGUUUACUUAACCAAGUCAGGAGAAAUAGGCAGAAAAUGUUUUAGUACCUUUAUUAAAAGACAUUGUAAGAGACUGAGAAAAGUUACCUACCUGAAUGAUUCCAAUCUGGUUUCUUCGUGUUUCCUUUGUUGAAAAUCAUCUGCCAAAAACCAAAAAACCAAUGCUAUGCUUCACAUAUUUGUGGAUCAACUUGCCUCUAAAUCAUAUUGUAGGUAUGUGACGUUAUGUUUUAAACCAAAUUGAAAUCAUUUUAAAGAAUCUUGGCUUUCACUGGCCAAGUCAGUUGUCUAUGGAUUGGAGACACAAGGCAAUAAAAUACAAUGAAACACAUACAGUGGUGUCAUCUGGUAAAAUUUAUUUCUGUUAAUUUGAGUUGAAAAAAUAUAUUUCAUACGAGAUUUGCGAUAUUCAAACACAAAAGUGUUCAGGUAUUAACAUCACCAUUCAAGGUCAUUUCUUAAAAAAAUCUGUAUUAACUUUAGUCACUGUACAGAACCAAACUCCAGGAAAUAAUCCCAGAGGAUCAGUGUAUUACUAAAGUAAACUAUACAUCUACAAACUAGAAUGUACAUGUAUCAAUGAUUACUAUUCAUAAAAAUAACCCACACUAGGGCAAUUUUUUUCUACAAAAAACUGCUGGAUCUGAUGCCACAUAUUUUUGUAACAGGGAGCAUGGUGUGCCAUGGUCCCGUGUAAAUACUGUAACGGAUUGAAUUCGAUUCAUCUUAACAAAAUAUACUGUCACAACACUUGUCAGGUCCAGAAAACAAGCUUGGAAAACAGCUCAUUAAGUAUCUUCUCCAUAAGUAAAGUACACAGUUUGUACCAUUGAUGUAACAUGCAAAUUUCAGAGUGUUCUGAAGAACUUUAAAGCUGAUGGAAAAAAUAAGCCAGUGUGUUUGCAGUACUACUGUAGUUGGAGUUGUAGCAUUGUUUCACUGGCCUGAUCUAUGAUUACAUAACGGCAUGGGUGCUUAGGUUUAAGGUCAAAUGGGACAAAGGUUAAGUUGAAUUAUUUCCACAGUAGGUGGAUCGUCCUUUAACAUCAGUAAAGUUCAAAGUAAGACAACCAAAGUGUUUGCUGAAAAUAAAUAAAAUUGAACAGAAAACUUGGGUAGCCUCUAAAAAUGGCCACAUAAUUUCCAAACGAAUGUUAUAAUAAUUUUAAGUUCCAACAAUAAAAAAAGAUCAAU